UAGCUUUUUUCACGUAGCAAAGUAAAAGAGGCCAAGGCGAGCAAGGGCGAGAGGCAGAGCGAGAAACAGAGUGAGAGAGAGGGAGAGAAUUAUGGGAGCCUGGGCUAUUGCAGUGCAUGGUGGCGCUGGUGUAGACCCAAAUCUCCCUAAGGAAAGACAAGAGGAGGCUAAGAGACUCCUCACUCAUUGCCUUGAUAUAGGCAUCUCUGCUCUCCGCUCUAACCUCCCCGCCAUUGACGUCGUUGAACUUGUUGUUAGAGAACUGGAAACAGAUCCUCUGUUCAACUCCGGGCGUGGAUCUGCUCUUACGGAUAAUGGAACGGUGGAAAUGGAAGCCAGCAUUAUGGAUGGCCCAAAGAGGAGAUGCGGCGCCGUUUCAGGCUUAAGCACUGUUAAGAACCCUGUCUCCCUUGCCCGUCUUGUCAUGGACAAAUCACCCCAUUCUUAUCUGGCCUUCUCCGGUGCCGAAGACUUUGCCAAGAAACAGGGAGUGGAGUUGGUGGACAAUGAAUAUUUUAUUACGGAAGAUAACGUGGGGAUGCUUAAGUUGGCAAAAGAGGCAAACUCGAUCCUGUUUGAUUACCGUAUCCCAACGAUUGGCACCUGUGGUGCGGGGGCAGCCGCCAUGGAAAGUCCUUUGCAGAUGAACGGGCUCCCCAUCAGCGUCUACGCCCCAGAGACGGUUGGCUGCGUGGUGGUUGACAAGGAGGGUCGGUGCGCUGCCGCCACUUCCACAGGUGGGCUCAUGAACAAGAUGACCGGAAGGAUUGGUGACUCCCCGCUUAUUGGCUCCGGAACCUACGCUUGUGACUUGUGUGGGGUGUCAUGCACUGGGGAAGGAGAAGCAAUCAUCCGAAGCACCUUGGCGAGGGAAGUAGGCGCAGUGAUGGAGUACAAAGGAUUGAACCUGCAUGAGGCUGUGGAUUUUGUGAUCAAGAAUAGGUUGGAUGAAGGCAAAGCUGGGCUGAUUGCUGUUUCAAAGAACGGUGAGGUUGCUUGUGGGUUUAACACCACCGGGAUGUUCAGGGGCUGUGCCACUGAGGAUGGGUUCAUGGAGGUUGGUGUCUGGUAAAAUGUCUUGGGGUUACAAUACAUUAAGCUAGUUGUUUUUAGGUUAUGUUACUCUUGUACUUCACGAUAUUACUUUGUUUGGUUAUAACUAAGUGAAGUGCAUUUUGUAAUUGAAAUGCCCCAAUAAUAAACUAGGUUGCAGUAUCGAUCCAA